UGUUCAUUAUAGUCUUCUGGAGGCAAACGCACAGCUCUGUACUUUCUCAAUUUAGGGAGUUGUCAAGCUGACUCGUCCGCUAUGCCUGGCUACUCAGAAUUUUACUUCAAUAUAGAUCAUGGUUAUCUGGAGGGACUGGUCCGAGGUUUUAAAGGUGGAAUUUUGAAGGCUGCCGACUAUGUGAAUUUGGCACAGUGUGAAACUCUGGAAGAUCUGAAGUUACAUUUGCAAACCACGGACUAUGGAAACUUCUUGGCGAAUGAAACUGGCCCUCUCACUGUUUCUCUCAUUGAUGACAAGCUGAAAUCCAAACUACUGACAGAAUUCCACUAUUUCAGAAACCAUGCUUUUGAGCCACUUUCCACGUUCCUAAACUAUAUUACGUAUAGCUAUAUGAUCGACAACGUGAUUCUGCUGAUCACUGGCACACUCCGUCAACGACCCAUUGAAGAACUGGUUCCUAAGUGCCAUCCUUUAGGCAGCUUUGAGCAAAUGGAAGCUGUCAGCAUUGCUCCAAACCCUGCAGAGUUAUUCAAUGCAAUCUUGGUGGAUACACCCUUAGCUGAUUUCUUUCAAGACUGUGUAUCUGAAACUGACUUGGAUGAAAUGAACAUUGAAAUUAUGCGCAACAAACUCUACAAGGCUUAUCUUGAAGCCUUCUACACUUUCUGCAAAAAGCAAGGUGGCACCACAGCAGAUAUAAUGUGCCCUCUUUUGGAGUUUGAAGCAGACCGCCGGGCCUUCAUCAUCACCAUCAAUUCUUUUGGGACUGAGCUGAGUAAAGAAGACAGACAAAAACUGUAUCCAAAGUGUGGAAAACUGUACCCAGAAGGCUUAGACAUGCUUGCCAAUGCAGAGGAUUAUGAGCAAGUAAAGGGCAUUGCAGACUACUACGCUGAAUACAAGGCUUGCUUUGAAGCCGUUGGCAGUGGUACAGGUGAAAAAACAUUAGAAGAUGCUUUUUUUGAACAUGAGGUCAAAAUGAAUGUCCUGGCAUUCAACAACCAAUUCCAUUUUGGAGUCUUCUAUGCCUACGUAAAACUGAAGGAACAAGAAAGCAGAAAUGUCGUAUGGAUUGCUGAAUGCAUCUCCCAGAGACACAGAACAAAAAUUAACAACUACAUUCCCAUUUUUUGAAGUAGCUACUGAUCGUGCAUAUUAGCAAUAGCAUCUAGUUAAUAUUUUGGGUUCUUUAUAAAAUUCUCAAUUAUGUUGUAAAAAAAGAUCAGCUUUAUCAGCUCAACAAGACUGUCAGCAUUUAUUCAUAUGGUUGUGUCACCAUGUGAUCAGCUGUUAAAAUGAAUCAGCUACUGAAUAAUCAAAAUGGAUUCGGCAAUUCCCAGUCUACUGUAUGAAGUGUCCCCAGGCUUUACAGAGAACAAUAUUUGCAAAGCUGUGAGAGGCUAUCAUCUAGUUCAGUGGUUCUUAACCUUUGUUACUCGGAUGUUUUUGAACUGCAACUCCCAGAAACCCCA